GGGUUUCCGCGCGUCGGCCAUCUUGGAUGGGGCAGUGAAGCGGCGCCGGCAGCCAUCUCUGAGCCGGGCGCUCCGUGCCCUUCUCGAAGGCGGCCGGAAUACCGCUCCGAGCGCUGCCCGGCGCCGGCGCUCCUCGCGGCCCAGGGGCGGGCCGCCCCAACCCAAUAGCAUUACGCGAAGCCUUCCGCCCCCACCCCGCUCUCGCUGAGGCCACCAAUGAGCGCUCAGGGAGCGGCGCCCCUCCCCUCGGCCCGGGGGUGACAGGCGGGCGGUGGAAGGACGGCGGGUCGUGAGGGGACGGAGCUGCCGGUACGUGCUGACCCGCUGCUGCUGCCCGGCUCCCGCCGCCCCGUCCUCCUCCCGACAUGGCAGCCGCCGCCUCGGGGCUCCGCGCCUCCUACCACCGCAUGCUCGACCGCAUCGAGCUCAUACUGCCGCCGCGGUUCCGGCCGUUUUACAACCACCCGGCAGGUCCCAAAACAGUUUUUUUCUGGGCACCUCUUAUGAAAUGGGGUUUGGUAUGUGCUGGAAUGGCUGAUAUGACCAGACCAGCAGAAAAGCUCAGCACAGCACAGUCUGCAGUGUUAAUGGCCACAGGCCUUAUUUGGUCAAGGUACUCUCUAGUUAUUAUUCCUAAGAACUGGAAUCUGUUUGCUGUAAACUUCUUCGUUGGCUGUGCUGGUGGCUCUCAACUCUACCGAAUAUGGAGGUAUAAUCAGGAACUAAAAGCAAAACAACAAAACUAGCUGCAGCAAAGAGAUUCUUAACCCCCAGCUCAAACCGAACAACGCACAAACCCUUCCCCAUGGGACCUAGCUUCACUAAUUUUAAUGUUUUUUGAGAAAAUGAAAGAGGAAAUCUAAAUGUUUAGAGAGCAAGUGUUUUCUAACUGCGAAUAACAAAGUAUCUCUGUACACUUCAGUAAAGUGCAACCUUUUAAAUUGAAGCA